UACCCGGAACUCAGCACGUAGUCAGUCGACGUGGAACCUGCUCUGUUACGAGACAGUUUAUACGUUUGUAAUUUGGAGUAAUGGCUGAGUUUGAGGAAGUGUCUCGCAAGUCCAAGCUCCACCCAAAGCCAACAGGGCUGAAGCUGCAGUAUGGCACCGCAGGGUUCAGGACUACCGCCAAACACCUGGACCACGUUAUGUUUCGCAUGGGUUUGCUGGCAGUUCUGAGAUCAAAGAAGACUAGAUCCACCAUUGGCGUCAUGGUCACAGCAUCUCACAACCCAGAGGAUGAUAACGGGGUCAAGUUAAUCGACCCAAUGGGGGAGAUGGUGGCUCUGACCUGGGAGGAGUAUGCCAGUCAGCUGGCCAACGCUGAACAGGAAGAGCUCCUUCACUCUCUGAAUGACAUCGUGAAGAAAGAGACCAUUGACAUGAGCCAGGAGGCCCGAGUCAUCGUGGGGCGAGACACAAGGCCGAGCAGUGAGAGUCUAUCACGGGCGGUGUUUGAUGGAGUUCAGUGCCUCGGCAGUCACUUUCACGACUACGGGCUGGUGACCACACCCCAGCUGCACUAUAUGGUGUAUUGUCAGAAUACACAAGGCAGUGCCACACUGGAAGACUACUACAAAAAGCAUUCCCAGGCCUUCCUGCACCUCACCAAGAAUGCUCCCGUUCAUGCUAAUGCACAGAGGCGUUUGCUGGUGGAUGGUGCUAAUGGUAUUGGUGCACUGAAGCUGAGAGAGUUGGAGGCAUUUCUGCAGAAGCAGCUUCUGGUGGCGCUGUUCAAUGACGGAAGCACCGGCAAACUGAACCACCUGUGUGGCGCCGACUACGUCAAAGUGCAACAGAAACCCCCCCAAGGGAUACAGAUGGAAGUCGGGGAACGCUGUUGCUCCUUCGAUGGAGACGCUGACCGGAUCGUAUAUUACUACACCAACUCAGACGGACACUUUCAUCUUCUGGAUGGGGACAAGAUUGCAACACUAAUUAGCACAUUCCUAAAAGAACUGAUCACAGAGGCAGGUCUGGACCUGCAGGUAGCAGCGGUUCAGACAGCGUACGCUAACGGGAGCUCCACCAGAUUCCUGGAGGACACCAUGAAGAUGACAGUGGUCUGUACGAAGACGGGCGUAAAGCACCUCCAUCAUGCGGCACAGAAGUUUGACGUUGGGGUUUACUUUGAGGCCAAUGGACACGGAACGGUUUUGUUCAGUAGAGCAGCUGAGGAGCAGAUCCACCAGCUGGCCAAGAGCCCAGAUAUCACCAACGAGAAAAAACAUGCCAUCCAGCUACUGGACAACACAGUCAACCUCAUCAACCAGACUGUGGGUGAUGCUCUGUCAGACAUGCUGUUGAUAGAAGCAGUGCUGGCUGUCAGGGGGAUGGGUGUCCAGGACUGGGAUGCCAUGUACACAGACCUGCCCAACAGACAACUCAAAGUCAAGGUGGCAGACAGGAGAGUGAUUAGUACCACAGAUGCAGAGCGCAGGGUUGUCAGCCCAGCUGGGCUACAGGAAGCCAUAGACAAACUGGUCGCGAAGUACCAACAAGCCCGCUCCUUCGUUCGUCCCUCUGGUACCGAAGACGUGGUCCGUAUUUACGCUGAGGCAGACACACAGGAGAGUGCUGAUGCUUUAGCACAUGAAGUCAGCCUUGCAGUCUACAACCUAGCCGGAGGUGUUGGAGAAGAACCAAAACCCUUAAAACUCUGAGUCACAGUUUAUUGCAGAUGUGGAGGGAAUUAUUAGACUGAUAGAUUGUUUAACUGCUGGUUUAACAGUCUUUGUAAUUUUGUGACAGACUUCAUAAUCAAGUGGAUACACUUUCCAUUUUUUCUUUUAUUUUCUGCUGCUAUUUCUGUUAUGUGUUUGAUUAGGUUACUUGAAGAUGAUUUUUUUGAAGAACGUGUUCUUUGUACGGGAAAACUUGUUUACACAUGUUUAAUGGGAGAACAAAAUAACUAGCUUAUUUUCUCUUUUUUAAGAAUCAUGAAGAAACGGUAAAUAAAAUCAUAAAUCAGCCUGGGUCAUGAUGACUCUGCACUGUUUGCACUAUUUGUUUGGUUUUUUUUGUUCUUUUGGCAGAAUUGAACAA